GUGUUGCAGCUGUCAUCUGAUGGAAGGUUCAAAAGGUCACCUGCCACAGUCACCCUGUCUGUGUCUCCGUGGAGCUGUGCAUUUGAUUGGUCGGACCGACUGUGGGUGUGUCUGCCCCAUCAGCAAGACCCCGCACAGCUCUGGCAGUUUGAGGGUGGAAAGUGUCAGAGAUGUUCAAGUCCACUUCAAGAAAAGCUCAGCAACUGGGAUACCUUCAGAGAGUGUGGGGAAGGUAUGGAGUGGUGCAGUCUGCGGAAGACCACCAUUGACAACAUGACCCAGUACCUGGCCCGCAAGGAGGAGAGGAUGCGCCACCAGAGAGGCUCGGCCAAUAAGCUCCCCACCUCCGACACCAGAGCUGACGAGAAAUCUCCACAGCCUCCUCCCGAGAAGAAGAUGAAGACUCAAACUGUGACAUGAUGAUGUGUUUGAUCAUGUGCAUCCCUACAUGAAUUUUGUGUCAAUCAUGUGAGACGUCAUAUUGACUUGCAGCAUGAA